GCAAGAUCUGGAUCUUCAAAUUGUCUGAGAAUUUUGUCCUUCCACAAAGCAAUACCGCCAAGAUGCCGUCCAACUCGUCAGGGCGCAUCACCAAGGCGCGGAAGAACAAAAACACAACACCCCAUCAAAAGAAUCACCGAUGGGAGUCGUUUACUACGAAAAUAUCCAAAUUCAACUCGCUCCAACCAUUGCGAAAGGUUCGCCGCCAUGACCUCGAUAACGAAGACCUUUCCACGACAACGUCCUACUUCCAGACCGGACUUCAGAAAUGGGGAGAACUCAAUGUGUCAAAACCGUUUUCUGCGUUCAAAACCAAGGUCUGGCCGCUAUGCGAGAGCCUCCCGCAACUCCUCCAUUUCGAACAGAGGAUAAUGGAUUUGUUGGCCGAUUUCAUAGCAGGACAGGAUAAGGAAGCUCUGGAGCCGCUACUGGACCUUCUCACCGCCUUCUCUCACGAUCUGGGAGUUCGAUUCGAGAAACAUUAUGGCAGGAGUUUGGAUUUGAUUGUGGCUAUUGCUGCGAAGCCCCAGGAUGUCGAUGUUAUAGAGUGGACGUUUGGUGCCCUCGCCUUUUUGUUCAAGUAUCUGUCUAAGCUUCUUGUACCAGACUUGCGACCUACCUUUAACGUCAUGUCACCCCUCCUCGGAAAGUCGCGACACCCUCCCCAUAUUGCUCGAUUUGCGGCUGAAGCCCUUAGCUUUUUGGUCAAGAAGGCGGCUGCCCCCUCACACCGCGAGACAGCUUUGAAGCGCCUGGUCGAAUGUGCGCGAGAUGAUCUUUUGAGUAUUAAGGAUGACCGCCAGUUUAUUUUGUAUAAGGAUGGAUUGAUGAAUAUGUUUGCCGAGGCAAUCAAGGGUACCGACAAUAUCAUUCACUCAACUGGCCCGGCUGUUUUUGCAGCUCUCGUUGAUGCAAUUCCUGAUGAGGAGCGAACUCUUACCGAAGACACCAUUUGGACCGACAUCGUCUGUGGCGUUCUCACCAGUGUCAUCCACCAUGCGACUGUUGAUACUUUUGGAGAUUUUGCCACCGGAGUCCAUGAGACCGUUCGAGCCAACAUGGAGCGUGUAUCUCCUGCUGAUCGUCAGUGGCAAGCCGUUCCCCUCUUCAGGAUAUACGGCACCCUGGCUGGUGUUCGGAAAGGAAAUCGCCUUACGGACUGGGCACCACUUAUCAAGAACUUUGUCGAACUGUUAUCUGGGAUUUCAAAAGCUGGUCUAGAGGUGCCACAGGAUGCCGCAAGUGCUGUUUGGAAAUUUGUUAUCGUCAAUAUUGCCAUUGUCUGCCACCAUGCACCUAUCGAUGCAUUGAUACCCCAUAUCGUUCCUCUUACUCAAUCACUGAGCAGGGAGCCCUUCAUGAAGUGGUUCAUCCCCUUUUGCUCUUAUUUCUGCGAGCUGGACGCCCAGCGCUUUGGAAGCCUCUUCCGCAACGAUUUUCAAAGAUUUAUUGCGAACCACUGGUCUGAGGAGCCUAAUGAGGACAUGCUUUGCAUUCUGUUACCAAAGAUGAUUGAAAAUCGUGCUUUUCCACCAGCCGGUGAGAAAGACAGUUGCAGAAUGCCACAAGGUUGGCAGGAUCAGAUUGUCUCCAAGUUCGAGCGCCUAGAGAUCUCGCCAUUUCCUGAAAGGGGGCCUUAUAACAAAGAUCCCCAAGUUUGGCGAGAUAGAUGCUUGCCAAAGUACUCGGCUCUUCUCCAGAUACUUGAGUUGACGACAGUUCACCCCUCAACAAAUGCUCGUAUCGCCGAACUUCUGCUCAGGAAACUCAAGCUCGCGCUUCGCCCUUCAUCUACCCUGGCAUCCGACGAAGUUCAUUUCAUUGUUGGUCAAGGAUUUCAUUCUUACCUUCGUAUGAGCAAGGCUGCCGGCUCCGUGGACAUUACCCUGAGCCCCCUGCUCCGUGCUGCUGUUCCACGUUUCUCCCAGUCAGUAAGCUUUCUACAUGCCUAUCUCGCAUACGAAGAAAUCCUGCAAAGCAAGGAGAUGGCCCAGAGACAAGACAGUACCAGUAGUGAUAGCUCAUCCAGUGAGGAGGAUCCAGUGACUACAUCAUUGAUUGAAAACCUGAGCUCCCCAUCCCACGAUUUGAGGCUAGCGUCCUUGAACCUGCUUAAAGCACUCAGCCCGACGCCAGACAACUGGAACACUGUCGAGACUAUGAUUGAGAUUGAGGAGACUCCGUUAAGUCUUGCACAUACAAGGACAAUCGCCAUGCAUCUUCGCAAGCUGGGUCAGAAUUACGCUUCGUUUGAGGAGGGCUCUUGGCUGCAACGAGCUGUGCCUGCUUUCUUAUUUGGUAUGCUGACAGUCAAGCUGUCGCCUGUGUGGGAUGAUUCGGUGGAGACUAUGAAGCAGAUCACACAGACCAAGGCCGGUGAAGAGGCAAUUUGUGAGGUUGCUUUCCGCUGGCUGAAGAUUCCCUCAGCUCGCUGGGGUCCCUCACAACCUGAAACUCAAAGCUCGCGUCCCGCAUUCGUUUCCGAUUUCGAAUGCACUAAUGUGCGUCGACUUGAAGAAGUCGCCACUGAGGUGGAGAAUAUUAUCGAUCACCCUGAUGAGUUAAUGCUGCAGAGUUUCGAUGACAAGCAGCGGACUGCGGAAACAACCGCUGGAAACUCUAGGUCUCGUGCGCUGAAAGUGUUUAACGCGAUUCCCUCAAUUGCAGAGAGGAGAUCACGUCUACUUGUGCCACAUUUCUUGGCCUGGGCGAGUGAAGACCGAACCCCUGAUUCAGUAAACGACCAAAAUGUCUCCGAAGGUGCCACUUGGUCUCUCGCCGAUCGCAAGGCUAUGCUUAGUGUCUUUUCAGAGUUUAUCAACCCUCGGGUCUUGUACCAGCAUGAAGAGGUUUAUACCGCGCUCAUGCAAUUGAUGGAGAAUGGUGACGUUGAGGUACAGAAGGUUACCCUCAAGGCCAUUCUCGCCUGGAAACAGGAGGCGAUCAAGACCUAUCAAGAAAACCUGGAGUUCCUGCUAGAUGAAGCUCGUUUCAAAAAUGAGCUCACAGUUUUCCUUCAAGAUGAGAACGCAAUCAAGCCGGAGCACAGGGCUGAUUUGAUGCCUGUUCUCCUUAGAUUGCUUUACGGUCGUACAAUCUCCAAGAAGGGUGCAGCAAGUGGUAGACAUGGCUUACAAGCCACUCGGCUGGCUGUCCUUCGAAACCUCAGUGUCGAAGACAUGGGGAGCUUUUUGGACAUUGCCACGGGCAAGCUGAAAGAUGUCAAGGUUGUCGGCGCCUCAAAGACGAUCUUCGAGGAGCCUAUCCUUCCCAUCAGAAAGCAAGUCGGUUUCCUCAACAUGAUUUCCUCCGUCAUCUCAGAACUUGGCACCAACGCCACGCCCUAUUUGGAGACACUUCUCAAUGCUGUCUUGUACUGUCUUGUUUUUGCCUGCCGUGAACUUAACGGACAGGGUAUGGGCCCAGAGAACUCUUCUGAAGAAGAGGAGGAGAAGGCUAGCACGCAGUCUCUUCUCAGGGUCAUUCGAUCAACUGGUUUAAAAUGUUUGAUCGCCCUUUUCCAAAACGCCCAAUCUUUCCAAUGGGCACCAUACCAGGAUAUCAUUCUUGAGGAUGUUGUGGCCCCAAGGUUAGAAAACUUGCCCAGCGAGACAACACAAGGGGUUUCCGGCAUGCUGCAGCUCUUUGCUACCUGGUCUGUUCUCCCCAGGAUUGCACUAUUCCUUGCACCACAUAGCAAGGUUUCUGAGGGUAUUCUUCCCAAAGUUAUUGAAUGUCUUUCAAUUGAGAAGGGUAAGGAUGAAGUCAAGAUUCAUGUCCUUACUAUAAUUCGAAACCUGAUCAAACUUGCUACUGCGCCUGCACAGGAGUCCGAGUUUAAUGAAGUCAUCAAAGCCGAGCUUCUCGACACCAACUCGAAAACAAUUUUGACACAGAUCUCUACUGUUCUGGAUAUGUCCGGUAUUAGCAAUGACUUGAUGGAGGCUUGUGUAGAGACAAUCCUGACUAUGGCUCCUAUUGUUCAGGACACCGAGGAUAUCCAAGCCGUGAUUGAGAUCUCGAUCUUCCUUCUGAACCAACCUCCGCGGAGAGUCAGUCCCAAGCUCAAGGGCAGAAUCCUGCUCAUUGUUGAACAAUAUGUCACUCGUUCCAGUGCGUUUGAGAACCAAGCACUUCUCGACAAUGUUUACGACACUAUAUCGUCUCUUUUCAGUUACUUUAAAGAUCGCGAAAACAGACAAUCUCUUUCCAGAGCAAUGCUGGCUAUUGCUGGGAAGGAUGGCAGCCUCCAGGAAGUUGCUGGUCUCUGUGCAGCUCUCAAUUCUUUCAAAGAGGGCCGAAUCGAUGAGCCGGAUUAUGAUAGACGCCUGGCCGCUUACAGUGCAAUUUCAGGCGAUCGGGAGACUCAAUUGACUCCAAAGCAGUGGCUACCUUUGCUACAUAACUUGACUUUUCAUAUUCGAGACGAUGCUGAGUUCGGUAUUCUUUCGUCCAACUCGGCCGAUGGACUUCGGCGUUUCAUCAUGGAUGCAGCGACAUGCUCUUCCGAAAUUUCGAAGGGGAAAUUCGACAUUCAUUUGAGAGGUGUCAUCAUGCCUGCUCUUUACGCCGGAGCCCGGGAGCCAUCCGACACAGCUCGACGAGAGUAUCUUCGAGUUAUGGGUCAUCUCUUAUCAACAAUGCCCGAAUGGGAACCUGUAGCUGACCUCAGCGCAUUGUUGAAUGAUCGUACCGAAGACAGCGCUGAGCUGACCUUCUUCUUCAAUAUCCUUAGUCCUGCAACCGCAAAACAGUUGGAGGCUCUGCACAUUUUGGAGGCAGCCAACAAGCAGAAGGAGAUGGGAAGCCAGAACCUGGCCCAGUUCUUCAUUCCACUCCUUGAGCACUUCAUUUUUGGUCGCGCUGAUGGAGUUGAUGAUCAUGGGCUUGGUGCUCAAGCAAUUAUCACCAUCGGUAACCUUGCAACCUCUCUGCACUGGAAACACUACCGCACCACUCUCCAAAGAUACAUCGGCUAUGUCGAAGCCAAGCCCGACCAACAGAAGCUAACAAUUCGACUUUUAAGCAAGGUUGCCGAUGCACUUGUCGAUGCAGCUGAGAAUGCACCGCAGGAGCGCAUGGAGAUUGAUGAGGUUGAUGCAUCCUCAUCAGCCACCACCAGACUCCCCCUCACUAUUCCGAAGGCAGAGAAAUUGAGCAUAGAGGUUACUAACUCCUUCCUGCCCACACUUGUCAAGCAUCUUCACGAAAAAGACGAGUCGGAAGUCAGUUACCGUGUCCCCGUUGGUGUGAUCAUUGUCAGACUUCUGAAGUUGCUGCCCUUGGAUCAAAUGGACCAGAAACUGGCUGGUGUCUUGACUGAUAUUAGUCACAUUCUUCGCAGCAAGUCUGUUGAAGCUCGUGACAUGGCUCGAGACACAUUAGUCAAGAUUGCUGUUAUUCUCGGCUCGUCGUACUUUGGCUUCAUCCUAAAGGAGUUGCGAGGAGCUCUAACCAGAGGUUACCAGCUCCAUGUGCUUUCAUACACCAUGCACUCAAUUCUGGUUGCACUCAUUCCUAUCUGCUCUCCUGGUGAUUUGGAUUACUGCCUUACAUUCGUCGUAACGGUCAUUAUGGAUGAUAUUUUCGGCGUCAUCGGUCAAGAGAAGGACGCUGAGGGCUAUACCACCCAGACCAAGGAGAUCAAGAGCAGCAAGAGUCAAGAUUCGAUGGAGCUUAUAGCCAAGAACGCUUCGAUUGGUCGGCUUAUCGCACUGGUCAAGCCACUGCGCGCACUUCUAAUGCAAAAGGUUGAUCUCAAGAUGGUUCGGAAGCUUGAUACCCUGAUGGCGCGUAUUACUGCCGGACUUCUGCAAAACCCUGCCGCCGAAAGUCGCGAUACCCUUGUUUUCUGUUAUGAGGUCAUUCAGGACGUCUACAACUCUCAAAAGCCUGAGGUUGAGGAGAAACUGGACCCUCGAGUUAAGAAAUACCUUGUCCAAAAGGGUGCGAAGAAGAGCGGCGAUCGAGGCAAAACGACCAAACACACAUACAAGCUAAUUCGCUUCGCGGUGGACAUUCUGAGGGCAAUACUGAAGAAGCACGAUAGCUUGCGAACCCCUACCAACAUUUCCGGAUUUAUUCCCAUUCUUGGCGAUGCUAUGGUUGGCGGAGAGGACGAAGUGAAGAUCUCAGCGUUCCGACUACUUGCUGUCAUUGUCAAGGUGCCAUUCCUUGACGAUGAGGGAUCAAAGUUGUACAGGGUUGCGGUCAAGGAAGCAACCAAGAGCAUCUCCACGGCAGUUUCUACCACAACCGACUUAUCUCAAGCAGCUCUCAAAAUGCUGGCUGUUGUCCUUCGAGAGCGUCGUGACGUUGUCGUGAAGGAUGCAGCGGUUGAUAUGCUACUUGCCAAGUUGAAGGACGAUCUUACUGAACCCCUUUACCGUCAUGUCACAUUCAACUUUCUGCGUUCAGUUCUGGACCGACAUCUGGAAACCGCUACCGUAUACGACACUCUUGACUAUGUUGGCACAGUCAUGAUUACCAAUGAUGAUAAGGACACUCGUGACCUUGCUCGAGGUGCCUUUUUCCAAUUCAUUCGUGAAUAUCCCCAGAAGAAGGCCAGAUGGGCUAAGCAAUUGACCUUCAUUGUGGCCAAUCUCAAAUACGAGCGAGAGGGUGGUCGGCUGUCUGUUAUGGAGAUUGUUCACCUGCUUCUUAUGAAGUCAUCUGAUGACUUUGUUCAAGAGAUUUCUUCCACAUGUUUCCUUCCGCUCUUCUUUGUCCUCGCCAAUGACGACAGCGAGAAGUGUCGAGUUGCAGCUGCUGGACUACUAAAGGAGAUAUUCCGCAAGGCUGAUAAGGAGAGGACUCAAACUUUCCUUGGACUUGUGCGAACAUGGUUGGAUCAGGAUGGAAAUGAGGUAGUUCUCAAGCUUGCCUUCCAGGUUUUCGGCUUCUACCUGGAGUCCGACGAAAACGCAUCCAAGAACAAGAGGGAUUUCAAACUUGUUCUAGGAAAGAUCAACAGCGUCAUUGAGGCGGAGGAUAUUCGAGAGGCCGAUGGAGAACUCUUGGAGGCGGCACUUGAAGUCAUCCGGGUCUCGUUGUCUGUGUUCCCCGAUAAGAUUCUGUCAAGCAGCAGCGAGAAGAUGUGGUCCAACAUCUUGAGAUGCCUGUCACACCAAUCAACUUCGGUCAAACUGUCAUCUAUUGGGUUAACAAGCUCAUACUUGGCUGAUUUUGCUCAACAAGCCAGUGAUGUAGCGGUUGGCGAAGCAGUUGUCGGUAGUCAUGGCCUUACACUUGAUUUGCCGAAGGUCCAGAAUUUGGUGAGACUUGGGUUGGGUGUCUUGGCAACCCGAGAUAUUGACGAGAAGCUCGGAGCGGAAGCUGUCCAGGUCCUUGCUUUCUUGGCUCCUCGCCUCCCUCUUCGACCUGUAAUAGAAGGUGAGAGGUCCGAUGAUGAGGUCGAGCAAGAGCAGCAGGAUGAGGAGGAAGAGGAGGAAGAAGAAGAGCAGGUUGAGGGGACUCAACGAAAGACUGAUCUUCAACAUCUGUUCUGGAAGAUCUCUCACAUCAUUCGACGAGAGAUCCCCCCUAGGGCUGUGGCCAUUACACCAAAGGUGGCUGCGAUGGAACUUCUUGAAACGAUUUGCCGGAGGUCUUCACCCGAUCGCCUGCGACCAUCUUUCAAGACUAUCCUCGUGCCCCUUCACAAUCUUACUGACCCCUCCAUUGCACCUCCUUUUUCCAACGAUGAACUCUUCAAGACGAAACACGAGGCCCUCAAGACAAGAGCGCAGAUCCUCAUGGAUUCCCUUCAAAAGAAAUUUGGUACGGCUGAGUACUCCAAGCAGCUUCUUGCCAUUCGAGAGGAGGUGAGGACCAAGAGAGAACAGCGUUCAAGCAAGAGAAAGAUCGAGGCGCUUGCACAGCCGGAGAAGUAUGGAAGAGAUAAGAGAAAGAAGUUUGAGAAGAACAAGGAGCGCAAAAAGACUCGGUCAAAGGAGCAGAAGGUCAUGCGACAGUCUUUCAAGCGGUGGUAAGGAUGAUGGACGUCGUUGCAUCAACUGGCGUUAGGAAUUUGUGACAUUAGGUAAAUUGUUCCUCGGCGUUAUGAUCUGGAUAUAUAGUAAAAGUCAUUUAUAGAAGAAGGUGAAAAGAAAAUUCAGCUAUUACCACUUGUAACUC